CGAUUUGGCGCGAAAUUUUGUAAACAUAUUUUGAAAUUUGUUGCUAUAAACACAGUUUGUAAAAAUUGUAAGAUUUAAUUAAUUUUAGAAUCAACUUUGCCAGUAAAAUGUCCCACUACGACAAUCUGUUUGGCGAUGCGGAUGAACUUGGCAACGAAAACGACGGCCGAAUCCUCUCCGAGGACGAAGGUCAGCCGGACAACGAUGGUGAUGGCGGGGACAACGAAGCAGGACCCAGUAAACCGGUCAAGAUCGAGCCGAAGCAGCGAACCGUUCGAAACCCUCGGAACCUGCUGAACGUCCAACGCCUUUGCGGACCGCGCGGAAUCGCCGACCUGGAGAACUACUUCAAGGGUUUCAAAUUUCGCGGCAAAGGGCGUGAAGCGGACGAUCUGAACGCGAUCAUGAAACGAAUGCAGCACUGGGCCCACCGGAUGUACCCCAAGUACAACCUGGACGAUUGCCUCAGCACGAUCGAGCGUCUCGGCAAAAAGAAGCAGAUGCACACCUACAUGAACAAGUACCGGCUGGGAAUGCUCGAUCCGGUGGUUACAAACGAUGCCGAAGCAGACGACGGCGGGGACGAGAAUGCUGGCGGGCUGAUGUACGAGUCGAACGCCGCCUUCAACCAACCGCUCGAUCCGCUGGACAGUAUGAUCGAAGAGCAGAUCGCAAUCUCGCGAGCGGCCAACACUUCGGGCGUGGCCGAUCUGUCCGUCUCGGAGUGCAACUUUGACGCCGUGCGGGACGAGAGUAUGCGGACGCCGGUUCCGCCACCGGUUGCGCCUGCCCCGAAGGAACCUUCUCCGGCUAUGACCGAGGAGAUGCGGGCCAAAAUCGCCGCCAACAGGCUGAAGGCGCUGGAGAUACGGAAGGCGAAAAUGGCCGCGGCGGCAGCGGCCGCCUCGCAAGAUGCUGCUAUGAAGGAGUGAAAGCAUUAAACGUUUAAAUCUU